UACAGGAGGCUGAAAUCGUGGUGUAGUGAAAUAUAUUCGAAAUGGCACAAAUUCUCAGCGGAAAAGAUGUAUCUGAGGAGAUUCGGGGCCAGAUCCAGGCAGAGAUUUCCUCUAUCCAGGAGAGCUGCCCCGCCUUCAAACCAGGCCUUGCUAUUGUACAGGUUGGGGGUCGAGAGGACUCAACAGUGUACAUAGGUCAGAAGCUAAAGAAUGCUGCUUUGGUCGGAGUGGAUGCCAGGCAUGUUCAGCUGUCCAACACAGCCACACAGCAAGACAUUGUUCAGGCAGUGGAAAGACUGAAUGCUGACCCUACAGUACAUGGCAUCAUCGUGCAGCUUCCCCUGGACACCUCCAGCCCGGUGGACACCCACCUGGUGACAAACACCAUCAAACCAGAAAAGGAUGUGGAUGGGUUACACCAGGAGAAUGCAGGCAAGCUUGCGAGGGGUGACAUGGCUGACUGCAUCGUUCCUUGUACACCAAGAGGUUGUUUCGAACUCAUCAAGAAAUCUGGUAUUGAGGUUGCUGGUAAGCGUGCAGUUGUGAUUGGCCGCAGCAAGAUCGUGGGCGCCCCAAUGUCCAAUCUUCUAACCUGGAAUCAUGCGACGGUCACCGUCUGUCACUCCAAGACAGCCAACCUCCCUGAUGUGGUGCGUGAAGCGGACAUCUUGGUGGUGGCUAUAGGGCGACCACGGUUUGUACAGAAGGACUGGGUCAAGCCUGGGGCUGUUGUCAUUGACUGUGGGAUCAACUCCAUACCAGAGGAUUCUGAUUCUGAUAAUGAAGAUGCAAGUCGCAAGUCAGGCAAGCGUCUGGUGGGUGAUGUUGACUAUGAGGGUGUGUGUGAGGUGGCGGGCUGGAUCACUCCUGUCCCAGGGGGUGUUGGGCCCAUGACUGUGGCCAUGCUUCUGAAAAACACCCUAGACCAGGCCAAACAAGCCCUCAAUGUGGCCAAGGCAUCAAGCAGCUGGAAGCUGUCCCCUCUCCAACUCGCACUGAAGAGCCCAGUGCCCAGUGACAUUGAUAUUGCCCAGGCCCAGACGCCCAAGAUGAUAAGCCUCCUGGCUGGGGAGCUCAACCUGCUGCCAGAGGAGGUGGAUUUGUUUGGGAAACUGAAGGCCAAGGUGUCCCUCAAGGUGCUCGAGAGGCUUGGGACACAGCCGGAUGGGAAAUAUGUGGUUGUUACUGGCAUCACCCCGACACCCCUGGGUGAGGGUAAGAGUACCACAACCAUUGGGCUGACCCAGGCCCUGGGGGCCCACGUGGGCAAGAAUGUGUUUGCCUGUGUCAGACAGCCAUCUCAGGGACCAACAUUCGGCAUUAAGGGUGGAGCUGCAGGUGGGGGCUACUCUCAGGUGAUUCCCAUGGAGGAGUUCAACCUCCACUUGACAGGUGAUAUCCACGCCAUCACUGCCGCCAACAAUUUGCUGGCCGCCCAGCUUGAUGCUCGCAUGUUCCACGAGGCCACACAGACAGAUGAAGCCCUCUACAAGAGACUGGUGCCCUCCAGCAAGGGGAAAAGGGAGUUUGCUAAGAUUCAGCUCCGUAGGCUCAAGAAACUUGGUAUAGAGAAGUUGAACCCUGAUGAGCUGACGGAGGAGGAGGUGAAGGCAUUCGUGAGGUUAGACAUUGACCAGGAAACAAUCACCUGGCAGAGAGUGAUGGACACAAAUGACCGAUUUCUGCGAAGCAUCACAAUUGGCCAGGGCCCACAGGAGAAGGGCAAGACACGCGUGUGUCAGUUUGACAUCACAGUGGCAAGUGAGAUAAUGGCCAUUCUCGCACUGACCACCAGUCUCCAGGACAUGAGGGAACGACUUGGAAACAUGGUCAUCGCCAGCAGUAAGGCAGGUGUGCCUGUCACCGCGGAUGAUCUGGGGGUGAGUGGAGCCCUCACCGUGUUGAUGAAGGAUGCUAUCAGACCAAACCUAAUGCAAACUCUAGAGGGCACUCCAGUGUUUGUGCAUGCUGGUCCAUUUGCCAACAUCGCCCACGGCAACUCUUCCAUUCUGGCCGACAAGAUUGCCCUUAAGCUGGUGGGAAAAGACGGAUUUGUUGUGACUGAGGCAGGAUUCGGUGCAGACAUUGGUAUGGAGAAGUUCUUUAACAUCAAAUGCCGCUAUUCUGGGCUUGUGCCGAAUGCGGUAGUGCUAGUCGCCACUAUCCGGGCUCUAAAGAUGCAUGGCGGCGGCCCCACUGUGGUGGCUGGGGUGCCUCUGCCAAAGGCCUAUACGGAGGAGAACCUGGAGCUGCUUGAGAAGGGUUUCUCCAACCUUGGCAAGCAGAUAGAGAACGCCAACAAGUUUGGGGUCCCCGUUGUUGUGGCUGUCAAUGGAUUUGCGACGGACACUAAGUCAGAGAAGGAGCUUGUCCAGCGUCUGGCACGGGAGAAUGGGGCGUUUGAUGCGAUCAUCUGUAACCACUGGGCCGAGGGAGGCAAGGGUGCUACUGACCUUGCCCGAGCAGUUGACAGGGCGUGUCAAGAGACGAGCAACUUCAAGUUCCUGUAUGAUAUUGAGUUGCCGAUUGAGGAUAAGAUCGAGAUCAUAGCGAAGGAGAUAUACGGAGCUGACGGCAUUGAGCUGUCACCAGAGGCUAAGGAGCAGAUAGCCAGGUACAAGAAACAGGGCUUCAACGACUUGCCGAUCUGCAUGGCAAAGACCCAUCUGUCCUUGUCCCAUGACCCCACUCUGAAAGGUCGCCCCACAGGCUUCACGCUGCCCAUCAGGGAAGCCCGGGCAAGCAUCGGAGCCGGAUUCAUAUACCCACUUGUCGGAACUAUGAGCACUAUGCCUGGGCUGCCAACACGACCUUGUUUCUACGACAUCGACAUUGACCCUGACACUGAGGAGAUUGUUGGGUUGUCAUAAUCACACAUAGUAACCAUGACAACAAAAUGGCGCCCUACCAGUGACAAUUUGAUGUUAGAUGAAAAUCAGUGAUUUCAAACUUGUAAAUAUUACAUGAAAUUGCAUUUAAUGAAUUAUUUAAAAAAUGAUUUAGUGUAAUAAUAAGUGCCAUAACCAAGCUCAAUAGUCAAGUCAACAUGCUUAUUCUGUCAUAUAUGAAAAUCAUGUACAAUAAAACAUAUUGAGGUAAAUUAUGAAGAAAUUGCAAUGUAGAGGCUUAUGAAUGAAAAUUCAUGUUAAAAAUGUUUUGUUAUGAAUUUAUGUUACAUUAUUAAAGAUAUCGACAUAUUAAGUACAAUCAAAAUCAAGACUAUAGACAGUGAAACAUGAAUUUGUGCAUGCUGUUUACCGUUUGCAUUUAUAAAUGAUAAUCAAAGUUUAUUUUGUAUGUGAUUCUCAUGGUUUUGUACAAGUUAAAUGGCCAUGUUGUAUUGAUGUUGAAGAAAGUUUGUUACCAGUAUUUGUUAUGUUUCGGUAUUAUAAAUAGUUUUGUUUAAAAAUGUAGCCCAAUUCAUAUUCUGUUUAUGGAAAAUUGUUUUUGUGACUAUUUUUAUUUGGAGAAAAUAGUUCAAAAUAACUAUUGAGUUCUUUUUUUUUUCCAAGGAAAGCUUUAGCUGCCUUUUAUAAGCUUAUAAUGCACCAGUCAAUUGUAAAAAACACGGCCCCCCAGGUCCCCCAUGUUUUGACCUUCCAGGUGGCCCUGAAGUGCCGAGUGAAUGCGGUGGUUUUGAUUUUGAUAGCGGGGAAUGGGCCUUACCUAUGCAUCCUGGGGUUCGGGGGCUUUUGGCGGGUUUUUUACCAGCAAUUUGUCCCAGCUGGGCGGGGAUUUUACUCGGGAUUGGCUGGAUUGAAAGUCAAAGUCCCCGCUAUUCCCCAGACCUGGGGAGGGGGGCGUAGUUACAAUUGACUGGUGCAUAUAAUCAACUUGAUAAUGUACAAGUAGCCAUAAAGGUAAAAAUGAUAUAAAAUCCUAUAUUGGCUACAUUUGAAGGUAAACACUUGAAGAUUAAUUAUUAACUAUGUAUACAUCUAAAAUUGAUGAUAUUUCAACAAACUGGAAAUAACAUUUUGCAGUUUUGUAAAAUAAAAUAAAAUACAUCUUUAUAAUACUGUAUCAUUGAAAUUGACAAACAUUCUUAUGAUUCACUUAAAAAGGGUCCAAAUAACUCCAACCUUUAUUUACAAGUACA